AUGCUGGUAAGUAGUACUACCACUCAACAGCAGGAAUCACUUCGCUCAGCGUAUAUGAUCAUUGGUAAAAAUUCCAUCUAUUUGCCAUUGAAUCAGUCAAAUAUCAUUCAAAAUCUGACAAAUGUUUAUGGUAUACGUGACUGUGGUCAACAAUGCCUGGAAAAUGACAACUGUCGCACAGCAAAUUAUUAUAAAACUGGAAAAGUCUGUUCAUUGUUCAUCGAAGAUUCUCGACGCGGACAAAUAGCAUUAUCAACAGUAGCAGACGUUCUUAGUUUAGAACAAUGUGUAUCAGGAAGAAGUAAUAUUUGUCCUCAAUACGCGGAAGGUAACGGAUUCAAAACGUACAGUACAAUAUCAGGCAAAUGUUUCAUUUAGAUGCUGCAUGGAAUCAGAC